CUAACGGAAGUGUUGCAGCCAUGUAAUAGGCUUUAAUGACGUGAGACUACUAUUCCCAGCAUCCUCAGUGGCUCAUUGGGGGGUGGUAUUCUGGGAGCAGAGAGAGAAACAGAGGGGCCGAAGGGUUCAGCACAAGAAAACAUCAUGGGUAUGGUUUGGGGCAGACGAAUUGCAGGCGUAGAAGAUAUUGAUAUCCAGGCUAACUCUGCUUACAGAUAUCCUCCCAAGUCUGGUAAUUAUUUUGCCAGUCACUUCUUUAUGGGGGGAGAGAAAUUUGAAACCCCGCACCCUGAGGGUUAUCUAUUUGGAGAAAACAGUGACCUCAACUUUCUGGGGAACCGGCCUGUGCAGUUCCCCUACCUCACGCCAGCCCCUCAUGAACCUGUGAAAACGCUACGCAGUUUGGUGAACAUUCGCAAGGACUCGUUGCGCCUUGUCAGGUACAAGGAAGGAGUUGACAACCCAUUGGAGGAGGGUGGAAAGCCUCGGGUGCUAUAUAGCCUGGAGUUCACCUUUGAUGCAGAUGCUCGUGUGGCUAUCACUGUAUACUGCCAGGCCUGUGAGGAGUUUGUGAGCGGCAUGGCUGUGUACAGCUCUCGCAGCCCAGGUCUGAUAUCCCAAACUGUGUAUUACAAGCGAGGACUCAGCCAGCACUUCUCUCUGCCAUCGUUCAAGAUUGAUUUAUCUGACUGGAAGGAUGACGAGCUGAAUUUUGACCUGGAUAAAGGAAUCACACCAUUGGUUAUCCAGGCUGUGGUGGCUGAGGGAGGAGAAACAUCAGGACAUGCCCACGUGCUGCUUGCUGCCUUUGAGAAGCACGUGGAUGGCAGUUUCUCAGUGAAGCCUCUCAAACAGAAGCAAAUAGUGGAUCGGGUCAGUUAUCUGUUGCAAGAAAUUUAUGGCAUUGAAAACAAGAACAAUCAGGAGACCAAGCCAUCAGAGGAUGAGAAUAGCGACAAUAGCAAUGAAUGUGUUGUGUGUCUGUCUGAUCUGCGGGACACCCUGAUUCUGCCCUGCCGGCACCUAUGUCUGUGUAAUUCCUGUGCGGAUACUCUACGCUACCAGGCCAACAACUGCCCCAUCUGUAGACUUCCAUUUCGUGCCCUCCUACAGAUCCGUGCAGUUCGCAGGAAGCCCGGGCCUCUGCCCCCUAUUUCAUUCAGCCCUGUGUUGGCGCAAACACUGGAACAUGAUGACAAUAACGGGGCUGAUAAUCUCCCUCCAGGGUUUGAACCUAUUUCUCUACUGGAGGCCCUUAAUGGAUUACGGUCCCCUCCACCCACUGCUCCGUUGUAUGAAGAAAUUUCCUAUAAUGAGGGUCUUCCCACCCGUGUACCACCUGACAACACUCACCACAAAAGCAAGCACACCAAGACCCCCGACAGUGGCCUGCGGUCUCCUUCCUCUCCCAUCCAUGAGGAAGACGAGGACAUGUCUGCGGUUUCUGACAGUGAACGUCCCGCUCUUCUGGGCUCCCUGAGCAGUGAGCCGUCUCACACAGAGAAUCUCUCUGCGGCUGGCACUCCUGAGAUUGUCCCCACACACCGAGGUUCUCGGUCUCUCUCUUCAGAGGAUGCACAAAAUGAAAGUACUGAACCCCUCACACCAAAGGAAGAUGAGACACGAGAUGUGUUAGCUCUGGGUCCUGACGCCUGCUCUAUUGGAAUUGAUGAAUGAUGGGUGCUUGUUCCUACACAGAAGGCUGAAUAAGUUCUGUGAAUUAGCCUUUUAUUCCACCCGUCUCUAACGUAAUUUGCAGUCUCCAGUCGUGAGAGGACUUUAUCGUCUCACCCCCUUCACCCACAUUCCACAGGGGCCGUUAGAGGGAGCUCACACUGUGAUUGUGUGAAGCCGCCUGUUGGGAAAAGUAUACACUACAGACUGCCUAGCGCAAGCUUGAUGUGCCAUGUGACAGUUGCCUGUGAAUAAUCAUUGUGUAUUUGUGCCAGCUUUGUAUAAACAGCCAUAUGCUUGGGCCUCUGUGCCAGCCUGCGUGUAACCAUGAGCGUGGCACUGUUUGCCAGUCUGUGCAUACAGCCAUGAGCGUGGUGCUGUAUUCUAGCCUUUGUACCAGUGACGCGUGGUGCUGUAUGCCAGCCUUUGUACCAGUGAAGCAUGGCACUUUGUGUGAUAUUCAUUUCCAUGCGUCUUCUGUGGUAGCAAAAUACUGGCUGGGAUGGACUCGCCAGGAAACAGAAGGAAAUUGUCAGUUAAGCUAUUUUUGUGCUUUUAUGGCAUUGAGACAUGGAGCGCUCAGUACAUCUGACACUGAUCUACCGCCCCCCGUACAGAAGGAACAAUUCCACUCCCAAUUAUCUAGAUAUUUAUGAAAAAGACUACAAUUUUUAUCUGCCAGCGCCAUGUUUUAAUCUAGUGUGUAAAUUAUACGGAAAUGAAGAAAUCUGCGGAUAGGGAAAUAUUUUAAGAUGCACCUUUUUAAAUUGUUUUACUUUUAAGCAUUUUUUGAACUUAAUAAUAAAUAUUACAUUCUAAAAAAAAUAA